AUGAUGCAGUGCGACCCAUCCUCUGCUUUCUUCGGGUUCAUGGGAGUCACGUCGGCCUUAGUGUUCGCCAACCUGGGAGCAGCCUACGGCACGGCGAAGUCAGGCGUCGGCAUCGCAUCAAUGGGCGUGAUGCGCCCGGACAUGAUCAUGAAGUCUAUCAUUCCAGUUGUUAUGGCAGGAGUCCUUGGCAUCUACGGCCUCAUCACGGCAGUCAUCAUCAAUGGCAAGAUGGAUGCCGCGAACUACUCGGCCUACUCCGGCUAUGCCCACCUUGGCGCAGGCCUGACUGUGGGCAUGAGCUCCCUAGCAGCAGGACUUGCCAUCGGCAUUGUUGGGGAUGCCGGCGUUCGAGCUAAUGCCCAGCAGCCUCGGCUCUUUGUCGGCAUGAUCCUCAUCUUGAUCUUCGCCGAGGCACUUGGGCUGUACGGCCUGAUCGUUGGUCUGGUUGUGGCCUCCACUGCGGAAGGCAAAGGCAAGGGCCUUUGCAGCCCAUAUGCCUGA